ACAGCGUAAACUGUAAUUUAAUAAUGAAUUAAUUGCUAAAAAGUGAAAUUAUAGUGUUAUUAAGGCUUUUUAAUUAUAUUUUUAUAAUAAUACAGUGAAAACAUGUCACGAAAAACACGAACCGAUUAUAAUAAUAUCUUCGACAAUGGCUUGGAUAACAUGUCUGAUCUUGUCUAUGCGUUUACAAAGAAGAACAAACGAGUACAUAGAAUAUUUGACGACGAUGAUGACGAUGAACAGAUUAAUGAAAAGUCGUAUGGCUUGAGAUUAGUUUCAGUACAUGAGAAUGAGGCAACAACGAGUAAAGCAACUAGUGAUAAAGAAAAUGGAAGUCAAGAAUCUAAUAAAAAAAGCAUCACAAAUGUUAGACCCUUAUCUCCAGUUCAAAUUAUUGAAGCACCGCCUGAACAAAUCUUGGAAUCUCGUAGUCCUUUCAAGCAUCCAUCACAGCUUUCAAAUCGUCAGAAUAUCAGCUUGCGUAGAUCAUUAUUCUCACAGCCUAAGAACAAAAAUAAUGAUCUUAUAUGUUCAACUCCAAGUACUCGAAAUCAAGGUACAGUCAAUGACUUUUUUGGAGCAUCUAGUAGUAGAAUUGAAAGUUUAUCGCCAAUCCGAAAGGGAUUAUCAAAUACAGUUAUAUCCAUUGAUGAUUUAAAAGACAUUGAAUUAAUUCCUUCUGAAGAUAUUAACAAUAAGAAUGGUCAAAAUAGGGUAAUAGUUCAGUCACUCCACAAUAUUGAAAAGGAUUUAAGAGAACAGUUUCAAAUUGAUCAAGGAACACCUAAGAAAACGUACUCAAAAUCACUUGCUGGUGAUAAUUCACGACGUGUCAGUAGCGAAAGAAAAAAUCAUGAAUCGCCUUCACGUCAUUCAUUUCGCAGCGAGCCAAUUACACGCUCACAACCGACUACUCAAAAUUUUAGUGUUAUUUUAGAGCCAAUGGAAAUUAGCAAGGAUGCUGUUUCUAUGUACAGAAAAACACAAUUAAGUAGACUAAGUACAAGUAAUCGCACAAAUGUAAAUACUUUUAAUAUGAUUGAAACUCCAAUUGCACGACAAGCUAAGCAUCCGGUGAUUAAUGAUAGUUUGCUAACAAAGAAAUUGGCAUUAUGUGAAAGUGAUUCAGAAAUAACAGACGAUGAAAGUGAGCAUGCAGAAAUAUUAAGACAAUCAGCUAAACAAAGUCAGAAGCAAAAGACUGUCGAAACAAAUGAGCAUUUAACAAAUGAUGAGAGUGAUAAGACAGUUGAAUCUCCAAAGCGUCGUAAAAUUAGCCAGAAUAUAAGUUCUACUCCAAAAAAGGCACCUUUACGACGUCCAUCACAUAAAUCUGCAUCUACAAGACAAGAUCCAGUUGAAGUACAGAACAAUAUUACAAAUGAUGAUAGUGAUGAAGAGAAUCAACAAUUUGAACUAGUUGAAGUUAACAAUUCUAAAAUCAUCCAGGAAAUAGUAACAACUCCAAAAAAUCGUCCAUCAAGAAGACCAUCUUCAAUAGCUGUAAGUCAGAAAUCCAUCAGAAUUGACGAAGAAGCAAGAAAGUUUAAACUAUCAGGUCAAAAAUCAAAAAAAACUGAACAAGAAGUGCAUAAAGAUUCAUCUAAAAGCAGUGAUGAUGAUCGUCAUACUAGAAAUAGUCAGCAAGUGAAUGCAAGUCCAAAAAAGUUGCCACCCAAAGCUAAAAAAAUCGUCCAUGAACCUCAAAACAAUUCAGCAAGUGAGAGCGAGGAUGAACGAACAGCUAAAAAGGAUAAGAACCACAAGAAAAAUGUUAUUGAGCCAAAAAAGAAAGGACCUGAAAGGAAGAAUACAACAGAAGAAAGUGAAGAUAUGGUCAUGUCCGAAAGUGAGCCUGAAACAAAUAAAAAGGAACAUGCAUCGACUAAAACAAGUAAGCAAAUGAGCAUAUCCGAUAACAUCAGGAGAGGUCGUAAGUCCUCUAAAAGCACAAAGCAAAUGAUUUUGUCAGAAUUUAAAGAUGAAAGCACUCAACUGGAAUCUCGUAAAUCCAAUAGAAAUACUGAGCAAAUGAGCAUGUCUGAAGAGGAAUCAGAACUGAAAAUUGAUCCAAAAGAAAAUCGCAAAUCUAAAAGAAAUAAGAAGCACAAACAGUCUUUGGAAGUAGAUUUAACUGUACAUGAUGAGAAUAGUGAUAAAGAAUUGACAGGCAAUGAACAAGAGUCGCAGGAAUCUGAGGAUGAAACUCCACUUAAAGUACAAAAUGCUGCAAAGAAAGGUGACAAAAAAUCUCAAAAAGGCAAUAAAAAGCAAGUAAGUGAAAGUGAAGGAUCAGAAACUCAAUACAGCGAUGUGUCAUUAAGCAAUUAUACAGCUCUUGUAAAACCCAAACCUAAAACCCCAAUAAAAUCAAAGAAAUCAGGUGCUAAUGUCAAACCUGAUCCACCAAAAAAUAAGAAGUCUGUAAGUGAAAAUAGUGGAAGUGAUGAAGAGCCUUUAAAUCAAGCUGAAGAACCACAAUUUAAAAAGCCUGGAUUUUUCAAGAAAUCAAUUCGAGACACGAUUUUAUGCAAUUUGUCAAAUACCUCAGCUGGAUCUUUAGUUCCAACAGAAAUAAUUGAAUCAUUCCGUACACUCCAAAAGCCUGGGAAUAAUACAACAUCAAUAGUUCCAGAAUCAUCAAAAUUGGCAGUAUCAAAACGCACAAAGCAACGAAAUGCCAAUCCUAAUAAAGAUAAAAUCGCCAAAUAUCUUCAACUCGAAAAAAACGUCAAGCAUAAAAAGACCAAAAAUGAUGCAGCCAAGAGUCGUAAAAGAACUCUUUAUAAUCAAGCAUCAGAUCAUGAAGAUACAGUUAGUUCAGCAUCUACAGAAAAAGUUCCAGAUAUUGAUCCGAUUGAUCGUGAACUUACAGAAGAACUUAGUGCUGUUCGUCGAUCGAUUGAUACAAUGUCAAAUGCCAGUAGUCAGCCAUUUAAUGCUACAAUUCCUACACAAGAUCAUUAUAGUGAAAGUGAGGAGGAUGAAGCUCCAAUAAAGAAAGGAAAGCAUUCAGAAAAUCAAAAAGGUGUAGACGAAAGUGAUCAAGAGAUGGAAGAUGUUCAGCAAGCAACAAAAAGUCGUGAACGGUCUAAGAGAAAUAAAGAACCUGUGAAUGACACAAAUACAGUCAAUAAUAAUCAGGAUGUAGAAGAAGAAGGAAUAAAAACUCGAGGACGGUCCAAGAAAAAUAAAUUUCAAAAAGUACAGGCUAAGAAACAACAAACUACAGCUACAGAAGAGGUCCCAGAAGAUGAUUCGCGACAACAAGCUUCAAAAGUUGUCAAAAAGCCAAGAAUGGCAAGGGAAUUAAAGCAUUUAAUAAUAAAACCAGCUAGUAAGAGACAGAAUAACGCUAAAGACGACACUGAGCCACCAAUUAAAACUCGCAGACGAGCAGCAAGCAACACAAGUGAAGACAAUACCAGUGAAACAUCUAAAAAUACAGAUGAAGGAUUUCAGUCAAAUGAUGAAUAUGAUGACGUUUGGUAUGAUCCAAUGGAUAGAGGAUGUCAACGUACAGGACUUCGUGUACGUAAAUUUACCAAGUCAAGAGAUGGCAGAUUUGCAAUUCAGUACGGUGUAUUUACAAAGAAUGAUUCAAAGGCUAUUCAGUUACAAAAGCAGUACAAUAUUAAGGAAUCGGAAGUACAUGAGCCAACUUUAGCUCCAUAUAUACAGCCUGGCAAUCGAUUGGAAUUAGUCAAGUCUUUAAUAAUGGAAAAGAAGCUUCAAAAAAAAGGUCCACCAAAAAAGAAGGAAGUAAAGGCAAAUGUUGAGAAAGUAAAUGAUGGGGCAUCGACAAGUCACCAGGCAAUGGAUGUAGAUUCUAUGGCGUCUUUUGCAACAGCACGUACAAAUGAGACACAAUCGGGUGUCGUUACUAGACUUUUGGACAGCUUUAAUCGAAUUAAGGAUGAUAAUACAAAUCCGAUCAGUGUUAUGGAAACUGCUACUUAUGCUAUAUCACAGAUCAACAGGCUUAUAUGGCAUCCAAUUGGUGCUGGCGUUUUCUACAGUUCAUUCAAAGAAAACAGUUUCGAUGGAUUCUUGAAGAUUGUUAAAGGUGGAUAUAAAAAAGGAGCAAAAACAAAACUUGCUGUUGUGAAAAUGACACUUUUGUGUGGAGUUGUGGACAUCAAAAUCAAUGACACCAAAUUGCGAAUCGAGAAUUUAGGAUUUAUAACAAUUACUCGAGGGCAAUCAUAUAGAAUUAUGAAUGCGUCAGACGAGACAGCCAUAAUUCUGAUGACUAGACUAGAUGAUGAGGAAACGACAAGUCCGAAUCAAAAUUCUUCGUAACUAUAAAAUUUACUUCUGUCUAUAAAUUAUUGUUAUAUAAGGUGUCAUGACCUGCAUUUAUGUUGAUCACUUGAUGUUGCAUAUUGUUUGGCUUUCUGUUAAGUAUUAAUGUUCACGUAGAGUCUUGGAUUUAGAGAUUUAUGAGUAGCCAUAAAAUCUAGCAAGUCUGAAAAUAUUAAGGAUCUAUAAAGGAACCGAUUAUGUUGAUUUACUUUGAAAGAAAUUUUAUUUUAUUUUAUUUUUUUACUAAUAAUUUUUUGGAGCUUGAAUAAAAUUUUUUUGGAAGUAACCAAAAACCCAAAAUUACUAAAAUGAUGUAACAAACAAAAGAAAACGAGUUAAUUAGCCUUCUUUAAAUGGAUUCCAUUUGUGGCUGGUUGUACUGGAUUAUAAGCAAAUUUACUGAUGAUUGUGUACACUUUUGGGAAGUGUAGGACAAUGAAAUAAAUUGAAAAUAGAUAACAUCCAAUGAGUGAUGUUAAAAAGAGAUCAAAAACGGCUGGCUUGACAUUAUAGACAUUCAAUUUUGCUUCCUCGCCGUCAUAAAAGACAAAGUCUGGAUCACGGUCAGUGCUUAUGUCAUAAGUAACUUUAACAUUCUUAAGAAGCUUCUCGAAGGCAAGUUUAAGGUUGUUACUUUUGCUUAACGACUUUGGUGCUAUGUAAGGUCGCAUUGUCUUGUCAGUUAUUGUCAACGAUCCAGUAAAGAUUUCCUCAUUCUCGUCAUCAUUGAAAUUAAAUAUAUAGGAUGCUAAUGCUUCAGCUAGAAUUUUGGUAUUUGUUUGGAUAUUUUCAGUUAUUGCACUAUUUAAUUCACUUUCGGAAUUAAGGACACUAGUGGAUGUAUGGUCACUAAACAUUGAUGUCUUUAAUGGCUCUGAGUGAGAUUUUAAACUUGAUACUGUGAAUGAUGAGACACGCUUCAUGCUGAAUCUUUCGUGUGGGAAUUUAAAGAAGGAAUCAGCUAAAUUGAUCUUCUUAUGGACACUCUCGAGUGACUUUUGUGAAUAUUGCUUUGUUUUCUUCUCAAGAAUCUCAUAGAAUCGAUAGACACUUGUGCCUUCUUUUGGUGGCUUUGAAACAUGCAUGAAGAGAUCACCAAUUGACUCAGAGAAGCUCUCUAAGCAUAUUGCAAAUUCUAUGUUGUGAAUAUUCUCUUCAACAUUAUUUUCAAGCCAUUUCUUAGUUCCUUGAUAGUUUAAUAAACUUCCAGACUCAUCGAGGACGAAGACAAUUCGAUAUUUUGCUGAUGAUGUGACUUGAUUAUAAAGCUUACUAAAUAUAUCGGCUAAUGUUAACAUGAUUGUUGCAUCGAAAUUUGGUGGUUGACUAUUGGAUAUCCCAAAUGGCUUUAAUUGCGAUGAAAUGAUUAUUACUGGCAAUUUUGUUUGACUGUCUGUUGAUGAUUGCUUAAAUGGAAUUAAUUCUCCUUGAAUUAUUGGAAUACGACUAUCCUUUUUCGGUGAAUGAGAUCCAGACACAACAAUUUGAUAGCUAUUAGCUGAAAUCUUUUUAAAGAUCUCUGACAAUGCUGAUUGUUGCUUGGCACUUCCUUUUGAUGGAUUUUGAUUAAUCUCGGAUAUUAUUCUAUCAAUCUCUUCGUCAUAAUUUGAGAAAUAGACCGGAAUUGAAAUCUCUUCAACGAGCAUUGCUUGUUCGAGCAGGAAAUUACUUCUUUUUCCUCCAAACUGAGAUCCAGUAGAUUUUUUGGCAAUAAGACAAUUAAGCCACCAGCUUUCAGUCGUAUAUCCCUGAACUGAUCAAUCGUCAUAUCUUGAAAUCUAAAUAGAGUUAAUAAGUUAAUUUAAUUUACAGCUUCAAUUGAUGACCUAAAUUCACUUACCUUGCUAAAACACAUCCAUUUGGUAAAUAAACUGAAUUUAAUGGUCUAGCUUCUUUAUUUAUUGAUGAUGCACGACAUCCCAUGUUCACACCGGACGAAUCAAACUGGAUCUAUUAAUUAAUAACUAAUUAAAAUUGGAGUCUGCAAAUGAUGGAUUUAUGACCAAUAGAAAGACCAAAAAGUAUGGAAUCCAUUUAAGGUCAUUAAUUUCUUCUAUCAUCGUUACUUAAUAAAUUAUUUUAAUUUUUUUUGAUCAAAUCAGUCAGUUCUUCUAAAAGAAUAGUCAGUCACUCGUUUGAUUUAGGGCAUAAAACUACGCGUAUGGAAGUUUCCAAACCCUGAUUUCAAAAACUCUUGUUUACAAUUUAAAAAAGUUAAAUUUUCUUUAUUUUUGGGAUAAGUACAAUUAAUUACCUGCUGCAUCUGAUAAAUAACACAAGAAUUAACAUUAUUAAACAAGCGUUUAAUUAAGGCACCAACAAAAAGCAUGUCUAGUGAAGGAGCUAGUGUAGAAUUAUCAAGCUAUCGAGAUCAGCACUAUAAAGGAACAAGAUAUGAUCAAGAAAAACAGCUAAAAUUGACAUCCACACUUUAUGUUGGUAAUUUAGCAUUUUAUACAACAGAGGAACAAAUUUAUGAGCUCUUCUCACGUUGUGGUGAUGUCAGGAAGAUUGUAAUGGGAUUAGACAAGUUCAGGAAGACUCCCUGUGGCUUUUGCUUUGUAGAAUAUUACUUAAGAUCAGACGCAGAAGCAUCUAUGAGAUAUGUCAAUGGUACACGAUUAGAUGAUCGAAUUGUUCGUGUUGAUUGGGAUGCUGGAUUUAUAGAAGGCAGACAAUAUGGACGAGGAAAGAGUGGUGGACAAGUGAGAGAUGAAUACAGAACAGACUAUGAUUCAGGACGUGGUGGAUACGGCAAAGCUGUUGUAGUUAAUCAAAAAUAAGUCCAUUUAUGUCAUCUAAUGGAGCAUAUAAUUUAAUUAAAUAUGAUAAGAUUUUUUUCCCGAAGAAUUAAGCUAUGUACAUCUACAAACUCAAUAAUAAAUAAAAUUUUCUGGAUCUAUUUUAUAAGAAACAUUUAACGG